AUGGCGUCCAAUUCGGCAGAUCUCGAUCGCAGCAAUGACAGGUACUUGCACCACACCGUACAAUCUCUUUUCUCCUUGAAAGGGAAGGUUAUUGUGAUCACAGGCGGCGCAAGAGGAAUUGGUCUUGCAUUUGGUAUUGCUGUAGCAGAAGCUGGAGGAGAUGUGGCCGUUCUCGACGUUCUAGAAACCCCUCACGAGCAUUUUUCUAAGCUUCAAAAUGACUAUGGCGUCAAAGUCAAACUUUACAAGACCGAUGUUACUAAGUUCGAGAUCUUGAAGGCAACUUUUGACGAAGUAGUGGAAGACUUUGGGCGUAUCGAUGGUUGUGUCGCGGCGGCUGGAAUAUGUCCAGACCAGCCUUUCCUUGAGCGAAGCCCAGAGGCAGUAGCACGGUGUUUUGACAUCAACAUCACGGGCGUGUUCUUCACUGCUCAGCUUGCUGCCGCGCAGAUGGUACGCCAAAAACCAACUGAAUUCAAUCCAAAAGGAGGUUCUGUUAUCCUCAUAGGUUCAGUCGCAGCAUAUCAAGCUAGCAAAGCUCAGUAUUUAUCGGAUUAUUGCUCAAGCAAGGGUGCUGUCUUGUCAAUGGCUAGAGAGCUAGCGGUAGAGCUGGCCGAUCGCAACGUGCGGGUCAACAGUAUCUCUCCUGGAUACAUGAUGACCGAUAUGACGCUUGCGAUCUCCGAUACUAGACCGGGACUUGCCAAGAUAUUCGUUAAUGAGCCACCGAUGAAACGCAUGGGAGACAGAACAGAUUUGAAGGGUGCAUGCGUCUAUCUUCUCAGCGAUGCUAGCGCAUAUCACACCGGAGAUGAUUUACUGAUUACUGGAGGUAUUCAUGCUGGAAGAACCGAGUAG